GCCGUUCGAUUGGCUAUACGUGCUGCCACCGACAUACUUCGACUGCUAGUGCUAAAUAACCUUUCGGAAAAUAAGAAGCAGCGACGUUAAAGCAGCAUGCUUCUUCUCUCUGCUCUCUUGAACAAUAUUUCAUACGCUCCCAAAUCGUUUGGAUAAUACUUAUGGGUCUUUCAGUUGUCAUGGAUUGGUUGCGGACGGAUAGGAAUUUCAGUGCACGAGAUAUGAUUUAGCUGGGUCAAGUCAGAGCCUGUGAAUCCAAGAUGAGCAGUAAGCAGGGACGGAGCUGCAUCAACCCUGUAGUUCAAAGUAAUAUGGAAGGUGCAGUGGGCACUGUAGUCCCCGUGGGGCACCCUAAAGCCGACCGCCUACAACACUAUUCCCAAGAUAAAGCUCUACCAAUCAGCAGGGCUUAUUUCCCUUACUCUCUCAGUGGACAAGACACUCUUGACUUUCCUUCUCCAUGGGGCUCUUCAAAAACCUGCGUGAGAAAUGGGCCGAGUCCAAGGAUUCGUUCCUCGGCCACGGAGGGGUCAAUUACAAUUCCAGCUGUUUACAGGCCUGAUAAAGUGUCUUUCGCAGUGGAUGUUGGUGGUGGCCGGUGUGCUCUACCGCAAGAGUUGGCAGCGAAGCAAAGAUUGGCCUAUUAUGCCAGCAGUCCCAGACAGCACAGUCCCAGAGCAGCAGGGGUCAUCUCACCAGUGGCAGUUCCCAAGGGUCACAUUGGAGGGUCAGAUGCAGAAAGCUGUGUUGGGCUGGCUAUUCCAAAACCAGUAUACGGUCAUAGCCCCUGCUGCACUGAGCGUGGAUGCACUACAGGGCAUAGCUACAGCAUUGAACAUGGACCUCAUAGGAUGUCCCCUCACAUAUAUGAUGGUGAAUGGGCUGCUCAUUUCAACCGUCUUGCUUACCUGCACAAAAAGGGCCAGGAAGCAUUGAUGCAACAAGGGUUUUGCAGUUAGAGCAUGGUAUGGAGGCUAUAAAGGACGGAAAGACAGAGGGCUACCAUGGUAUCGGAUCAAACGUGAGCAGGAGAGCUCUUCCUUUAAUGGAACCGAGUUAUACUUACAACACUGAACGCCCGUUUGUUGGUGCUACGCCAGAGUACUGCCACCGUGCCCCAAUUCGUCCACAGAUGCACACGGGUCUUCCCUAUGCGUAUGACCCAAGGACUAUGGCACACCGUGGAGUUCCUUCAAAAGUAUAUCAGAACCAUCCUCCAACAUCUAAGUACACACGUAUGCCUCUGUGUCCCAAUGUCUAUUAUCCUCAGAGUCACCCUGAGGCUUACCGAACAGAUCACAAUGCUAUUACAGAUGAGCAUAGUCAACAUCAUCAAAUGAAUCAGUUUCAUCCCCCUCAAGCUGACUUGAUGUCACCGUCCUGCUCUGUUGCCCCCCCACACCAUCAUCUGAUCUCAAAAUAUCCUAGUUAUCAUCCUUACGGGGUGCAUUUAAAUAGUAGCCAAGCACCCAUGCAUGAGCAGCCACAUCCCCCUUUCCAAGUGCAUCAAUCAGAGCGACCACUUGAUUUUUCUAGACGAAGAGUGCAGACACCCGACUCCCCUCGGGAGCUUUAUAGACAGUCUGGAACUUCUGGGGCUUUCCAUCCUACUCCAGCGCACUACAGACGUCUCAGUAACGCCACUACCCUUGAACACUCAGAGAUGUCUGAAACUGGUUUUCCUGUUGUUGGCGGCUCCAAAGAAUUUCCUAUGAAGUCCUCUGAAGAGGUAUUUAAGAACAGGCAUCAUGUUUCAGAUCCACCUGACCAAGAUGUGUUAGCUAAAAGGCACAGAGAGGAACUUGAAACACACACGGACGGUAAAAAGCAAAAGAUUGACUCAACCCAUGAGUUGUCAGAUGAUGAGCCUCAGUCACCGUCCUCCCCACCGAUGCCAGUUAUUAAUAAAGUUUUUAGCUUGGCUCCUUAUAAAGUCUAUUUUGAAGCUACAGGCAUGUCGACUUCCCUAGGAGAUUCAAAAAGUCCAAAGCCAGAGCUUGAAGCGACCCGGCUUAAACAAGAGCCGGAAAUUGAAAACUGUGAUCUAGAACCAAAUUCAGGUGAAAGGGACCUCGGGUUGAAACAAGAAGCCCAAAUGUCACCAGCUAACAGUGACAAUCUAGUUGAAAUUCCAGAUACUAUGAAGAUCAAAAAAGAAAAACUGGAACCAGAUGACGUGUCUUAUCAGUCGGAAAUGAAAGUGAGCAUUGCUGAGGAGAUGAAUCAUGAGGCUCAUGAUCCUGCGGUCAAAGAAGAGCAAAGGGAGUCGGACACAACUAUAUCUGGCUCUCUUCCUUGUCAUGUUGUAGUAAAAAAUGACUUUGAAGAAGAAAGCAACCCACCCUUAGUAGAAAAGUAUGAAUCUUCAGCCACAUGCAAGAAUGCUGUGAAAGAUGACAUGGAGUCAACACCUCCAGUGCCAUUUCCGUUGACUAAAUUCUCUCUCACUAAUAUCCCACCUCAUUGCCUUAAAUUAUCAAAUUUUAAGAUAGUCAUCCCUGCGAUCCUUAAAGCUCCAGCAACACAACCUGUUGAGGUUCCUCAGUCUCCAGUGGAGGACAAACCACUUAUGAGCAGCAGCAAACAUGCCCGUAAUCAGUUUAUGGAGCUUCACCAGUCCCUCUGUAGGCUAAUAUACUGUUGUGUUACUCGAACCCCGUGUCAGGAGCUCAGGGACUGGUUGUGCAAACUGGACCUUCGAGAGUCAGGCAAAGCUCAGAAGGUGUCUUGUCUCUUGGGGUUGAAAAUGAGGGAAUUAUGGCUGAAAGGUGAAGAGAUGGAAGCGUCCCUUCAAAAGGUGGUCUGUCAGCUUCAAAGCUACGUUGAAAGCCGCGAAUGUCCCUUUCCUCAUGUCAUGAGGGCUGGUGCGGUGUUCAUUCCCAUGUUGGUGGUCAAAGAGGUGCUGUUUCCUCAGGUUCAAGGCACAUUCAUAGACCAGGUCCUGCAAGAGCAUCGAGUGGAGCUCAGGCCCACCACCCUCUCAGAGGAGAGGCAGCUCACUCAACUCCACAGAAAGGCUUUCUCUUCGAAACUCCGGAGACUUCUGUCCCUUAAACAUCUGCCAGAUAUAUAUCCUGAUGUCCUCAACCUUCUCUACCAUGACAACGUCUGCAAGUUCAUUGAUUCCACUGCUACAGAUGGUGUCCAAAAAAUGCCCAGGAGCAGAAACCAGCUUAACCUUCAAGAGAGAGAGCACGGACAGCUCAGAUGAAUCGUCCGACUGUGUGGAUGGCACUGAAGGAUUCUACCCGGAGUCCUCCAGACCACUCUCCCCGAAAACCACAUGUGUGGACAAUUAUUGCCCGAAGACA